CUCUACUUGCGCCUGAGGAGGAGUCACUACACUACCACAGUUCCAUCCUUUGAGCAGAAGUAAGAAGUUGAAAAAUGCACUUGACUGUCUUCAGAGGAGACUCUCAUUUUGUGACGCCAUCAUUAUUUAGCUGUCGGUAAUGACAUAGUGUUUUACUUUGUUUUGGAUUUACUCUACGAGGAAAAAAGACUGACGGGCAGCCACACUGGACCCAAGGAUGAAGAUGUUGUUUUACCUGAUCGCUCUAGCCUUGGUAAGGCAGUCGUGGGGUCUUGGAUACGCGGAGCCCGGGGUUCGUAGUGGCCAGCGGGCGGCUAGUAGACACAGGAACUGGUGUGCUUAUGUGGUGACUCGGACUGUUAGCUGUGUGAUGGAGGAUGGCGUGGAGACAUAUAUCAAACCAGACUACCAACGUUGUACCUGGGGCCAGUGUCCUCGAGUAGCGUACCGGACAUACAGGAGGCCAAGGUACAAGGUGGCUUACAAGAUGGUUACAGAAAUGGAGUGGAAAUGUUGCCAUGGAUACUCAGGGGAGGACUGUCACGAGGGGCCGGUCGAUGGAGGGCGACCCCUUGUCACACAAACAGGCCACACACAUGGCACCGGACAGACUGGAAAUGGUGACAGUGAAAAGGUCAGACAGUUGGAACAGACAAUCAACGGCUUUGCCAAAGACCUCCAGAAUGUACACACUUCCAUUCAAGAUCUAAACCAGAAGUUUUCAGUCCUAAAUGGCGCUAUUGUGCCAGCUGAUUCAGCUCAGCCACACAUGAAAGAAACAAUCAAUAACAUCAACACAAAGCUGGACCAUCUGUAUAAUAGGACACAGGUCCACGAUGAGACCCUGCUCAACAUUAACAACCACUUAGAGAAUGGUGGAGGUAAUGACCUAGACGGAGCCGCUGUAGGACACCGAGGGAACCAGAUGAACACACUCAAGGAACAAAUACUGACAGAGUUGGAGAGAAGGGUGACUCUGUCCUGCUCUGCCUGCCAGGCUGGUGUGGAGGACUUGAGGAGGCAGCAACAGGAGGAUAGAGAAAGAGUAAGAGCCCUGGAGAAGCUCAUCAGCUCCAUGGACCAACAUUUUAGGCAGACACUGCAAAUCCUUCGCACUGAGACUGAAAACUCCCAGACAUGCUGCAAAACACUCACUGAGAUGGAGACGAGACUGUCAGAUCUGGAUAUCCAGGUCACCUCCACUGCCAGCAAGUGUGACACUAUUAAAGGGCGGCUGGAUAAAGAGCUGACUGGAAGCGGGGGAGGAAAGGGAAGGGUGACGGAGGACAAGAUGAAUGGCAAACUGAGGGAGUUGGAGAAGCGGGUGAACAAUACAGUGAGAAAAACAGAGCAAAAGUGUAUUAACACCGGCAACAAUAUAAAGGAUAGCGUCCAAAGAGAUGUCACGCAGUUACGAAACAUGGUAGUGAGUCAGCUGGAUGAUCACAGCUACAAAAUAGGAAAGCUUGAACUCGAUGUUGCGGCACUUGGAGACACUGUAACGGAUCACAGUCGACGCUUAAUCCAGUUAGAGAACGUCACAACCUUCUUGGACAGAAAUUUAAUAGCAACUACAAAAAUAUGUAAUGACACUUGUGGGCGCAGUGGAAAAGACCAUAAGACUGAGGACACUGUAAAAACAUUGGAAUGGAGAGUUGUGGCAAACCAAGGGGAAAUCCAGAAAUUUAACACAAGAUUAAACGAUUUGUCUGUGUCAGGUGACUCGCUAGCAGACAGGAUUAUUAAUUUAACAGAUGAUGUCAAAAAGAUUAUUGCUAUGACAGGCAAGGACGGUGAGAACUUCAAUAGGAUAGUCACAGAAGUUGAAACACUAAGCCAGGAUUGGGAAGACUGUUCAGUAUGCAGCAAUGUGGAGGAAGACUUACGUUUACUGGCCAACUCCACCACGACGGGCCUCAACAAGUGUCAGACCGAGUUGAAUGAUAUACGCAGAAAGGUGGACUCAGGAGAAACUGUGUGCUCCCAGGUAUGCUCAAACCUCCAAGAAGAAGUAGGGCGACUACGAGAAGAAGUGGAAAAGAGCCGUGAACAGUGUAAAAUCAACAUCAAUGAUAUGAGGAAUCGCUUAGACGGUCACACUGACCAUAAUGGAAGAUUGGGAGGAGAUCUGAAGUCCAUCCAAGGAGAGCUAUCUAAGGUCAUGGUCACAUUCCGUUCCAUUAAUGACACUUUGAAGGGCAUGGGUACCACCAUUCAGACACAUGGGUACGCGCUAGAUGAUCUGACUGACACUAAGGAAAAGAUCCAUUCUGAGGUGGACAACUUGAAGAAUGACUUGGCCGAGCAUGUCAUUGACUCAAACAUUCGAUUCGGCAGCCUUGGCAAAGAUCUUGAAGUGAUCAGAAGUAAUUACGUGACGGAGGUCGGGGAGUGUCGGCGAGCAAGCGAUGGCCUGGAACGCCGUUUCUCCAAACUCGAGGAACUGUGCGGACGCUUCGACUCUUUUUCAGACAGUUUGCAGAGGAUCAAAGAGGGCCUGAACCAACAUGUGUCCGGGCUGUGGACCUGCGUCAAUGGACUCAAUGUAACAGUCACAACUCAAGGACGUCUUAUCGAUAAUAUCCAAAAUGUCCAGCUGGAGAAUGUCCACACCAAGAUACACAGGCUCAACUCAUCACUGCUGGACUUGACAAAGGAGUUCCAUGAUUUUAUACGACAGGAUUUCAAGGGUCCACGUGGUCUACCGGGACCCAAAGGAGAGCGAGGGCAAUCUGGACCCCAGGGAGCUGUGGGACCUCAAGGAAAUGUGGGGCCUCGUGGCGAACAGGGCAAACAAGGACCAGCUGGACCCCCAGGUCUCAGAGGCGAACAGGGUCUUGCAGGGUCUGAUGCCCAUGUGCCAAGACUUUCGUUCUCCGCAGCGCUAACUCGACCAAUGAGGGGUGUUGGAACUAUCGUAUUUAACAAAGUAUUUGUCAAUGAAAAUGCUGUCUAUAACCCCAGAACAGGUUAUUUCACCGCUCCAGUGAGAGGGAGGUACUUUUUCAGUGGAAUCCUGACCGGACAUAAGAACAUAAAGAUCGAGGCGGUAUUAUCCAAAUCCAACACCGGUGUGGCUCGAGUCGACUCAGCAGGAUAUCAGCCUGAAGGCUUGGAAAAGCCAAUGGCGGAAGCAAAACAUAUUCCUGGAGCUCUAGCGGUUUUUAACAUCAUCCUUCCCAUGGAGAAAGGUGAUACUGUCUGUGUUGAUUUGGUCACUGGCAAGCUAGCCUACUCCUCAGAACCCUUGACCAUCUUCAGUGGGAUGUUACUGUAUGAGACUAUCUGAUCGGAUGGAUGUCGGUAACAUUUCCAGAGCGUGGACUCUUUUACGUGGAACCAACCAGGCAGUCAUGGAGACUAAAACAAUUCAAGAAGGUCUCUUGAGAGGAAACAAGGGUUCUUUCAGGGAAUUGUGAACUUUAAAUAAAAUGCUUUCACUUUCAGCCAAUGAUUUUUGUUUUGCAACUUUAAGGAGACACUUUGCUCUUUCUCAAAAAGCCGUGAUGUUCUUGAUAUCAUUUACAAAAGCUACUUCAUGGUUAUAUUACAAAUCUGUAUUUCUUGCCAAAAACUUGAAUCUUACUAUACAAUACCAUACACCUCAGGUGGAUUUUCUAAUGACACAUAGAAAUGGGGAUACACAAUUAAAGCACUUGGGGUUUUUUGUGUGCGAUACACCCACCACAUAACAUUUUUUUGCCAUGUUCAGUCAUUUCCUCCCUAAUGACAGCUAUUAUUUUCAUUUUGACCACAAGCAGAUUCCGAGAAACAUGAUUCAAGAAGCCAACUGUCCUAGAAAAAUGCUGAGGGGAAAUAAGUGGGAGUGUGACAAAGUUUAAACCACCGUUUUUCGCAUGAAGUUGGUGCAACAUCAUAUCAUCAGUUACUUUUUCACAGGCCUAAAAUGUCAUGUAAAGUCACACAAAUAUACACUGCUAAAAGAAAUAAAGGGAACAUUGAUGUUUUUAAGUGUACCCUUUAUUUUUAACUACUACCAAUACUUUAAAUGCUUUCUAAAGAAAAAAAGUUAUUUUUAGAUGAGUUAUUGUAUGAGCACUAAGAAUAUUUCCAUUACAAUCAAUGUAUUGCUGUUCACAAUGAAAAUUUACAUUGAUAAAAACAUGGCCUUAUCAUUUAUUGUUUGAAGUGGGAUUUUUAAAAAGAAUUGUAAACUCUGGAAGAAUUGUAAAUAUUAAAAAAACAUUUUACCAUGUAAUAUUUUAAGCGCUACCACUUCACUUUGCAAGGUACUGUAUAUUUUUGUAUGUUUUAUAAUAUGUGUUCCAAAUACAUGAUACACAAUUUCCACAGGGGCUUUGGCAGGAUGGUUUAUUCGGAGUUUGUCACUUAAUGUGCAGCAGUACUUCUCAACUAGUCGGGCACAGACCGAUGCCGGCGCGUGUGACCUUGGGGAAAUACUUCUUUGCCGUACUAUAAUAAAGUGUAAUUGCACAUCCACUCAGUGGGUGGCAGUGGUACUCUCAUUUUCAGAGCCCGCAGUAUUUUUUAACCAAACGAGCACACAGCAAAGAGCACUGGAGAUAUGAAAAGCUACGACGGGGAAAUACAGUUGUGUUAGAAAUUAUUCAGCCCCCACAGUGGAUAAGUGUUUUUGCUUCACAUUAAUUUUUCAUCUUGUUUAUAAUAACAUCAAAUAAUGACAUGUCAAAUAGACUAAUACAACUGAAAUAACAAAAAUAUUUUGGGGAAUAUUCCAAUUAAUGGCCUUUCUGUGAUUACCUCAUUGACAAAAUUAUUCAACCCUCCCAAGUCCACCACUUUUAAGAACAAAGGUUUCCAUCAGGUGUUGUCAAACAGCUGAUGAAAACAUCUUUAGAUUAGAGGUAAGAGGUAAGCCCGAGUCCGAACCCAAAUUCGGGCCGGGUCAGGCCAAAAAAUGUCAAUUUUUAGGGUUGGGCCGGGCUUCUCUCUCGCUGUUUUUAUAAGAGCCAGAGCAUGCCGUGCGCACGUGAACGCCGUGGCCAGGCCCUCUUUUUAAUCUUCCCCUCCACACCCAUUACAUAUUUUUGACCUGCUAUUUCAAUAUGGAGCAACAAGAAGUUUAAAAAAAACUGAACACGGGGGAAUUGAAAAGACAAUCACGCACCGAUAAUGGUGGGGUGUGGAAAGGCUUCAAAUUGAUUGUUGAAGAUGCUACAGAAACCUGUGUCCGCUACGCUGAAUGUAACAAAUGUGGCGCUUUGCUCUCAUAUGAGAGCAGAAAGACUGGAACCUCGACACUGAGACGGCAGUUAAAAUACUGUACUGGCAGAAAUGAUUGUGUGGAAAGGCUUCAGACUGAUUGUUGAAGAUGCUACAGAAACCUGUGUCGGCUACGCUGAAUGUAACAAAUGUGGCGGUUUGCUCUCAUACGAGAGCAGAAAGACUGGAACCUCUACACUGAGACGGCAUUUAAAAUACUGUACUGGCAGAAAUGAUUAUGGUACGAACAUAAAAUUUUGGGUUUGUUUUGUGCUCGAGCCUGCAAAUCAAGUUAAUUGAUCAGGCUCGGCCCGGGUCGAGCUUUAUUACCCACGGACCUGUGUCGGGGUCGGGCUAGAUUUUUCAGGCCAGAUCUUACCUGUACUGUAGUUGCGAAUGCAACCCUAAUGAGCAGCAAUUAAGUAGAUUUAAGAGGACUGUGACACAUGGCUCUUCUGGGCAGGUAAUGACAUCUCUACAACAUGGUGAAGUCCAAGGAAUGGUCAAAAAUGUUCAGAGAGAGGUCAUCUCACUUCAUAAGCAAGGAUGUGGAUAUUAAAAUUAAAAAUUGGGAGCAUAGUCCAGAAGUUUAAAGCUAAAGGCACAGUGCAAACAUUACCUGGGCGUAGUAGAAAGAGGUUACUGUCUGCAACUGCUGUGCGAUACCGGAAGCGAAAGGUGGAGAAAAAUCCCCAGACAAUAAGACGCACACUGCGAAAUGAUGGCUUCCAUGUAAGAAUGCCCAUGCGCACCCCCCUUCUGACUCCAAAGCAAAAGAAGUAUGCCAAAAACCACGUAGACAAACCACAAAGGUUUUGCGAUACCGUUCUCUGGAGUGAUGACACCAAACUGGAGCUUUUUGGGCCAAUGGAUCAACGGUACGUAUGGAGGAGAAAGAAUGAUGCCUAUAAAGAAAAGAACACCCUAUCUACUGUGAAGCACGGUGGGGGGGGGUCAGUCAUGCGUUGGGGUUGUUUUGCUUCUUCACUUACAGGGAAUCUUCAUCGUGUGCAAGGUAUUAUAAAUUCAGUUCAAUACCAGGAGAUAUUGGAUGCAAAUGUCAUGCACUCAUUGACAAAGCUGAGGCUUGGGUGAGGUUGGACCUUCCAACAGGACAGUGAUCCUAAACAUACCUCAACAUCUACCAAAUAUUAGUUGCAAAAGAAAUGCUGCAAGAUUUUGGAGUGGCCACCACAAUCACCAGACUUAAAUCCCAUUGAAAAUCUCUGGGGGGACUUGGAGAAGGCAGUUGCAGCAUGCAAGCCCAAAAAAUAUUAGUGAACUGGAGGCCUUUGCCCAUGAGGAAUGGGCAAAGAUACCUGUGGAGCGCUGCAAGAAACUUGUGUCAAGCUAUGUUUCAUGUCUAAAGGAUGUUAUUGUUGCAAAAGGAUGUUUUACUAAGUAGUAAAGUUAUACAUGCCUAAGGGGUUGAAUAAUUUUGUCAAUGACGUAAUCACAGAUAUGCCAUAAAUGGGAAUAUUCAAACAAAUAUUUUCGUUAUUCCAGUUGUAUUUGUUUAUUUCACAUGUCAUUAUUUAAUGUAAUUACAGUACAAACCAGAUAAAAAAUAAAUAUCAAACUUGCAAAACACAUCUACUGUGGGGGUUGAAUAAUUUUGAACACAACUCUAUUUCCCUGUCUUACCUCUUCAUAUCUUCAUGCUCUUUGUUGUGUGCUCGUUUGGUUAAAGAAAUACUGCACACUCUCUGGAAAUGAGAGCACCAAUGUCAGCCACUGAGUGCAUGUGCAAUUACACUUUAUUCUAGUACGGCAUAAAAGUAUCUCCCCAAGGUUGCGUAUGUAGCGGGAGUGUGGGAGUGGGAGACGAGGAAAAACCGGUCUGUUUACUGUGUCUAAAAAUGUUUGCAGCAGACUGCAGGAAGCCAAAUCAAUUAAGUCGUCACCUAAAGACAUCAGAAUCCAACCACAUUGAUAAGCCGCUUGUAUUUUUUUUUCAGCAGCAACGUGCCGAAUAUUGCCAAAAAUGGAUCCGCUUUGUCAGUGUUACAUCAGUAAACCAGUGACCGCUGUUAGCAUCAUAUACUAUAAGGUGGCAUACAAAGUUGCUCAGUGCAAAAUAACCCCACACUAUAGCAAAGAAGCUGAUACUACCUACAGCAUAAAUAAAACCUGUCACUCUGUCCAAUUACACUGUUGUUUUUGUCCUAUUAAAGCAACACUCGGUAACUUUUCAGUUUUAGUCCAUUUUAACGACGCCGGCGGACAAACACGGUAGUGUUUUGCCUUAAGUAAAACUGCUUUUCCCAUGAAGACCAGCACAGAGCGUCAUAAAAUCAUGAUUUCUCGGUCGCCUACAGAUGGAUUAAAUCACAUUUCUGUUUCCAGCAGCUGUGUGAAGGAUGAAUAGUAAUGAGGUAAUGAAUCCAGUUGUAGCUAAACAAUAGAAUAUGCUGAUGAUGACAAUAAGAAACAUACGUUUGAUUUUGUACCGUAUUCCCCCACAUGCCCUCCGGCCCCCACCCGAACCGGUCAGCGAGUGAAAGCAGGGCCAAUGUUUAUUCUUGAGUGAACUUCUAUCCUGGUAGCCUUUUGGUUUUUGUCUCCUCGCACAAAACUUUUUGUCUCUUUUGUUGCUUUGCCAUCUUUGCAGAAUUCGCACGAAAGCAUUUGCAUCGACUUCAGUCUUUAUAACAAAUGGGGAAAGGAGGAAGUUAAGUAUGCCGUAAAGCAGUCGGCACAUUGAUAGUUUUUUGUGUGGCAGGGUUCCUGCCCCCGUCCUCAAAGUGAAUUAGUGCCGGUGAAAGCAAUACAGACCCCCUAAAGAGGUGUCACUCAACUAGUUGACGGUCGACAUAUCAUCACAAAUGUUAUGAAAAUAUUUUAAAAAGGUUGAAAAGUUACCUAUUGUUGCUUUAAUUUUUGUUUUUUUGUUUUUUUUUUGGUCAAAUUGUUUGGCAUAUUGUUCUCAUGAGUUACUGUUGCUAAUCAAUUUGAAUUUAUUCUUAUUUAUUGAUUUUAUUAAAUUUUAUUUUUCACUAUCAAAUGGUCAAAAAAGUAACUUGAGUGUAUUUUUACAGUUUGAAUGUGACUUUUUUUUUUAAUUCUGGCAAAUUGAUAAGCUUUAAGUAUUUUCUGUUACAAACAAAACAAUGUUAAUAAAGCUAUACUUUAUUGUAAGUUGUUCUGUAUUCCUUUUUUUCUAGGAUAUUAAAAAGGGCACAAUAUUAUGCAAAUGUGUACUACAGUCAUAAUAUUUUUAUAUGCAAAUGAUGGUGUUGGGAUUGGAAACGUGUACGUCUUCCUGGGGGGCUGUAACAGAAAAUAAUUGAGAAGCACUGCUGUACAGUUACCAUUGUGUGCAAGAUUUCUCACAGUUAUUAACGCUCUACUACUUGUAUGAAGCUGUGCUAUAAGUUUGUAUAUGAUUUUUCUUUUACGUACAGCACAGGCCAAAAGUUUGGACACACCUUCUCAUUCGUGCGUUUUCUUUAUUUUCAUGGCUAUUUACAUUGUAAAUUCUCACUGAAGGUAAUAAAACUAUGAAUGAACACGUGUGGAAUUAUGGACUUAGCAAAAAUGGGUGAAAUAACUAAAAACAUGUAUAAUAUUCUUGUAUCUUUAAAGUAGCCACCCUUUGCUCUGAUUACUUUUUUUGCACACGCUUGCCAUUCUCUUGAUGAGCUUCAAGAGGGAGUCACCUAAAAUGAUUUUUGACUUCACAGGCAAGGGCAUAGGUUUGCAUAGGGGAAGUAGGGACAUAACACUACCAACUUAUCAGCUCAAAUUGUCCCCACCAACUUUUAAGCAACCUUAUUUGCAUUAUAUAAUGACUUCAGCCAUAUAGGUAAAUCACAUUGUUUUCCCAUAUGUCGUAAGAAUAAAACUGACCCAACCAUUAUUAAGUUAAUUAAUUUUUAAUUGUGUUUAGACUUAUAUUUACCCCUUUUCAUUUACUGAAUGUGCCGGUCCAGUUCCCACCCCGCCCCCUUCCCAAAUGCAUGUUUGAUUGGCUGAUGACUUACUUUUAUUGAAAAUCUAUUUAUUUACUUACUACGUUAUAUAUUUAAAAGCAUUUUUAUUUGCAGCCUAUGCUGACAUUUUUUUUUCUCCAGAUAAUCAUACAUCAUAAUCAAGGUAAAAAGUUUUCAUGUUUUGUUGAGGCUCCAUUGUUAUAGAUUUUUGUUGUGCUCUGACU